AUGGAUCCCGACACAUUCACCUCCAGCAUUUUCAAGUGGGACCCACGCACCAUCCUCUCAACUUCCGCGCUUAACCGCCCGCCGCUUCUGGAGUACACGAUGGCUCCGCCCCCGCCGACCUCGGCUGCCGUCGUGAGGUGCUCCAGCAGGGAGGUGGGAGGGCUGGAUGAGUUGUUCCAAGCUUAUGGGAUUCGGUACUACACGGCGGCUAAGAUAGCGGAGCUUGGGUUUACCGUGAGCACUCUUGUCAACAUGAAGGACGAUGAGCUUGACGAGAUGAUGAACAGCCUCUCUCAGAUUUUUCGCUGGGAUCUCCUCGUCGGAGAACGAUACGGUAUCAAAGCCGCCGUGAGAGCCGAACGACGACGUAUCGACGAAGAGGAUUUGCGGCGUCGUAACCCUCUCUCGGCGGACACCACCACGAACGCACUUGACGCUCUCUCUCAAGAAGGUUUGUCGGAGGAACCAGUGGUGCAACAAGAGAAGGAGGCGGGAGGCAGCACGUGGGAGGUGAUUGCGGCGACGGAGAGGAGGAAGCAGCAGCGGAGGAGAAGGAAGACGGCGUCGAGGAUGAAGACAAGCCAGAACCACCAUGACGACGAGAACGACGAUCCGGAAGAGGAUGGCGAAGCAGAAGACAUGAACGAAGAAGGAAUGAACAGCGGAGGAUGCGAGAGACAGAGAGAGCACCCAUUCAUCGUGACGGAGCCUGGGGAAGUGGCACGUGGCAAGAAGAACGGCCUGGAUUAUCUCUUCCACCUCUACGAACAAUGCCGCGAGUUCUUAAUCCAAGUCCAGAACAUGGCCAAGGAACGCGGCGAGAAAUGCCCCACCAAGGUGACAAACCAGGUGUUUAGGUACGCGAAGAAGGCAGGGGCGAGCUACAUCAACAAGCCCAAGAUGCGACAUUACGUGCACUGCUAUGCCUUGCACUGUUUAGACGAGGAGGUGUCGAACGAACUGAGGAUGAGGUACAAGGAGAGGGGUGAGAACGUGGGCGCGUGGAGGCAAGCCUGUUAUAAGCCGCUUGUGGCCAUCGCCGCGCGUCAGGGUUGGGACAUCGAUGCCAUCUUCAACGCCCAUCCUCGUCUCUCCAUUUGGUAUGUCCCCACCAAGCUCCGUCAACUUUGUCACGCCGAGAGGAACGCCGCCGCCGCCGCCGCCGCCACUGCCGGAGCUUCCAGUUCUGUCUCUGUUGGAAGCGCGCACCUCCCUUUCUGA